AACUCUGGCUGUUUCUAUGGAUUCCAAAUCUAUUUUGUAGUCAUUCUCUCUCUCAGUCUUGACUAGUAUUACAGAAAGCAAGGUGUAAUAUCUUUCACUGGUUCUUGUUGAGAACAAAACCGACUUGGAUUGGUAUAUGASAACACCAGAAAACAACUUUGAAAACUUGUAUCACUGGUGAAGUUCACUCAAGUAUUUUGAAUAACUUAUGAAGAAAAAUUCUAAGGUUCCUAGACAAGCUCGUUGUAAGAACUCUUGCUUGUACUUUGUUGCGACUGAUAGUGACUCAGAAACUCUUGGAGAAGAAGGGAAAUAUUAUUUAGAUGUGAAACGUAGAGAAGAUGGGUUUGAUCUAUCAGGACCUUAUCUUCCUAAAGAAGAUCCAUUGCCACUGAGAGCUGGACCAACGUUGUCAUAUGAUGGAAUUCAUGACAGAAGUUUAAAACACUACUUUCACAACAACACUGUCAAAACACAACUGCAGCAUAUGACAGUGACGCCAAAGAUGCACCGAAAAAGAGAAAAGGCAAUUCGACGAUUUGUUGAYGAGACGAUGGCUACUGUUGACUAUCGGCUCAAACCAGGUCCUAUAUCACCUUAUGCWUUUCCUCAAACAUUUAAACCUGUCCCACCCCCACACAGGCCUAAAGCACUGAGAACUGUAGAUGAGUACUUCAAAACAAGAMGAGGAUCAAAGCGAAGAAAAAUACCAACAGAUGUUGUUGGAAAACCCAGGAGAAUUACUCGAAGAUCCCCUCCACAGCAUGUACAUAGAGACGARAGAGAAAGAAUUGUCAACAUGGCCAGUAAACUGAUUGUAGCUACGGAAACUGUGGCUUUACCUCAACAAAAAAAGCAAAGYAAAGGGUUUCAGACKUCAGAAAAGGCACUUCCCACACUAGARAGAAGAUCAAGCAGAAGUGCAGAAUCAAGUGCAGAAUCUACUUUUACAUCAGGCCAUGAAUCUGAUGGCUCCAUAAAUGCAAGACUUCCUUAUCCACCAAAGAAGGACAAACCUACUUCAGCCUCAAGGAGAAGAAGACCUCAGUCAUCGUUUUUYAAGUCUUCAUCKUUCGAUAAUCCAAAGASUUCAAGUGGUGUUCAUGUAAUGCUGCCAACUGAAUCACCAAGUGAUCAUGAUAAAAUGAGGUAUUUGAUGGACAGAAUGAACCUAGAUGGACGCGGUACCAGUGUCAUGGCAUCGCCGCGUGACUUCAACCGACCAAAAAGUGCCAUAUACCCCUUGAAGAGUACCACAACAACAGCUGUGGAGACWGACCCCCCCGGAUACUCUGAUGAUGACUUCUGUAGUGAAGACGAGACUCCUAAAGCUUCAGCAAGAACACCAAGACAGUCUGCUUGGUCAGGKCAUGAAGAUAGUGAUAUGGUGGAUAUGUUUACUCAGACUGUUGUCCAUUCAGGAACACAGACUAAAUUCCCCGAAUUAGACGAUAUGGAAAAAGAACGCGAAAUUUUUCUUCCCAAAACUCUUUCGUGGGCUGACAAGCCUGACGGAGAUUACAUUACUACAAAGCCUCCAGUUGCUGUAGCAACGACAGGAGCUUCAACUGCAGACGUCUUGACAAGUACGUCUCAYGAAACGCAAACACGCAACAGAGACAUUGAACCAAAAGUUAUUACCUAUGAGGUGUACAUUCAGACGGGCGACCGUUUGGGGGCAGGAUCCAAGGUCAACGUAAAAAUCACCUUAUUUGGUGAAUAUGGAAAUUCGGGUGAAAGACAGCUUCUCCGAUCGAAGACACACAGAAACAAGUUCCAAAGAGGACAGGUCGACGUGUUUGCUGUUGAUUCACUUUUUCUCGGAAAACUUCAAAGUAUUCGCAUCGGACAUAAUGAGACACGCCUAGGUUAUGGCUGGUUUCUUGAUAAGGUUUACAUCAAAGAAGGCGUCGACGCCACGCGGUCUUUCGAGUUUCGCUGCAACAGAUGGUUGUCKUCGAGAGAUGACGAUGGUCAAAUUAUGCGAGAUCUUCCUGUUUAUGAUGUUGUUCCAGCUUCGCAUGUAGAAGCAAUUUUACCGAGAGAGCAAGAUAGAGACGCGUUUUACAGUCCUGAAGAUGGCGACACCACGCAGACGGAGAGUGAGGAGUCCCCGAGAGAGAUCGAGACAAGAAUCAGUGACAGUUCACGUAAAAAGUCAAAAAAGAAGACUAAGACGAAAGAAGUAAAAGAGAAAGCCGAGGCACAGGAAGAAGUAGAUGGUUUCAAAGGUACAAAGGCCGAAAAUUUAUUCGAAGUAAGCGACAAUGAAGACGAAGAAGACCGGUUUUUCGAGCCCGAAGAGCAAUCUGAAUCAGAAAGAAGUGACGAUGAAAAUAUUGUGGACAGAAAGGAAUCUCAAACUCAUUUCAAACCAAAAARAAAUAAAAAUUCUAAACAAAACAAUGAACAAGACGAGGAAGAAAGACUCUCUGACGCAUUAAAAAAGAAGAAACAGCCUCCACGCUUUUCUCGCGAAAAAACGUCCUCUCUUAAAAAUAAUGAAGAAGAAGAAGAAGAAGAAGAAGAAGAGGACGAUGAAGAAACCGAAGAAAAGCAAACAGAUUCCGAUGAACAGAGAGACAAGAAGAAGAAAUUAUCUAAUGUUCAAGCAGUAAUUCGCGCUACGCGUAAAAAUAAAGCGAAUGUAGAGGAAAGCAAACCAGAGGAAGAAUCAGAGAAAGAAGAAAACCAAGAGGAGCAAAAUGAAGAAUCGGAUAACGAAAACGAACAGCAGGAAGGCAUGAAAUCUCAGAGAGUCCCUAAAGGAGCCAAACACCUUCGAAUAAUAACAACAGCAAUUUCACCUUUCUUGAAAAAAMCACCUCCUCAAACCUCACCCUCCCCAAUUCCCGAAGAGCCUCAGGAACCCGAACAAUUGUCGACGAAAAACGACAAGCGAGAAAAAAUUGAAGAAACAGACGAUGAACCUGCUGUGGAAUUCACGAAAGAAGAACAAAAGAAACCUGAGCGACCGUCGUCGGCUCAAAGUGAAGAUUUCGAGGAAGGAUUCCGUGCAGGAAUUCGCAAAAAGGCUGAAGAAGAACGAAARCGUCACAGAGCUUCAAUAAGUGAAUCGGAAAGUGUCCUGAAAAGUGGUCAAACAAUCCACGACGCGGCCAAAGCAGGUAAUCUUCCUCGCAUCAAGGAACUAAUACAAGUCGUUCCAGCCAUGAAGAGUGUUCAAAAUGAAAAAGGAAUGACACCUCUUCACAUAGCAGCAUCCAAUGGACACCUGGACUGUGUMAAGUGGCUGGCUGUCAGYGGUGUGGACCUUGCUGAUGAGACRCCUACUGGCUAUACAGCCAUGCACCUUGCUGCUAUGAAUGGACAUGUCAACUGUAUGAUGAUCCUAGCAGCGAUGGGCAGCUCUGUUGGUUGUAAGACAGUAGAUUCAUUUACACCUCUUCACUUAGCGGCAAUGAGUGGUCACAUUGAAUGYGUAAAAUGGCUCCUUGCUAAUCGAGCUCAAAUGGAACUUGAAGACAUGAAUGGAAGAACACCAUUGGACAUUGCUGAGGAGUAUGGACAUGAACCUAUUCAAAAACUACUUCAAAAGUUCAAAAAAGAACUAAAAAGACAAGAUAGCACUUUGGCACAGCUCAUGAAAACAGARAAAAGAAGAAAAAGCGUUGACUCGACCAGUGAUAAUGACGUCGCACCGUCUAAAGUGUCUGACAGUGGUGUUGGAGGAAUGGAAAGCGAAGAGGAUAACUGGAUAAGUGACGCUGAGGAGGAUGUCGGAGAAGACAUAAAACCGGCACCUUCAGAUCAAGCAACCAAUAGAAGAGCAUCAACUAGUUCACGUGAUCGCCCAGAGUCUGCGUCACGCAGUAGAACAGACUCAAUUGCCACAUCAGAAGAUAAGAAGAAAAUGUUUGAAGAACAAAGACGAAAGAUGAAGAAAAGACAUUCAAGUUUCCUUGAUAGCAUUAGGAUGGAUGUUGACAACGAAGAAGAGUUUUAAGCAAAUUUUAUCAAAUAUAUAGACUCCUAUCACGCGUUACACGGCACCGGGGCACAGCAAUUACUAUUGCCCACCCCUCGCGGGAAUAGAUAUUAACAAAUUUACUAUAAGUUACAAAAGGAAGCAUUUGAUUGCAGUAUUUAUACAUUUUGAUGUACUACAAUGUCGCAAAUAUUCUUAACUGUAUGUCAUCAACGAAAGUUUUUUUAUUGUCUGCAAAGCAAGCAGGUUAAGUCAUAUAUAGUGCCUUUCAAAWAUCAGCACCGCGUAYGGUGUUUUUAGGUAAUUAUUGAACUAUUGUAAAUUUGUAAAAUAAAGAUAAUCAUUUCACCGA